CUAUUUCUGUAAAUGCACUAGGGUUAUCUCUCUACUUACCCUGAGCUAUCGCUCUCUUGCUCUCUCUCCCUCCCUCUCUUUAUCUAACACUGUCACCCACUUGUGCAAAAUCAUGGCCGACAGAAACAGCCGGGUUAGUGUUAAGAGGAAAGAGAAGAAGGUAGAAAACAAAACAAAGGAUGACAAGGACAAAGAAAAGGAGAAGGAGAAAAAUGUGAAAAAGCCUGACAAACUUGUGAAAAAGCCAGAGAAGACCCCAGAGAAGACCCCCGAGCAGCCCAAGAUGGAUGAAGAGAAGAGGAAUGGGGAAAGUGGAGGCGCAAUAGGAGCGGAGGCAAUAAACAGUGAAGAAAAUGGAGAGUUUCAGCCCAUAGAAUUGCCACCGUUUGAGAUUGUCACAGGGGAACAGAUGAGCCCGUUCUACUUCAAGUUUCAGUUCAGGAAUGUGGAGUACUCAUCAGGGAGGAACAAGACCUUGCUGUGUUUUAGAGUGGAUACACCAGGAGGCAGCACAGAGCCACUGAAAGGUUAUAUGGAGGAUGAACAUGCCACGGCUCAUGCUGAAGAAGCAUUCUUUCAACAGGUGCUCCCUAUUGCUUCCCAAGAGUAUGAAGUCACAUGGUAUGUAUCAUCCAGUCCUUGUGCGGCUUGUGCAGCCAAGUUGGCCAACAUCCUCCAGCAGCGCAAGAAGGUCCGUCUCUGCAUGUUCUGCUCCCGUCUCUUUGACUGGGAGGAGCCAGAGAUAGUAGAAGGCCUCCGGGCUCUGGUGAGCGCCGGCUGCAAACUGCGGAUGAUGAAGCCGGUUGACUUCGUACAUGUUUGGGAAACAUAUGUGGAGAAGGAGGACCUGACCUUUGAACCCUGGGAGGAUUGUCAGGAGAACUAUGACUACUAUGUGGAGAAACUGGCUGAUAUCCUCAAGUAGAUGUACUUCAUGCACACGAUGGACAAGAUCUCCCCACUGACUCUCCACUGGUUGAACGUUUGUUUCUUGCAGUCUCAUCUGACGGUGCAGAUCAGUAUAAGUUUGAAUGAACACUCAUGGCAACAUUUUGUAAUUUUUAUUUUGAUAAUUUCAUAGGGAGACACAAAAUGCUUGAUUGGCAUUACUGAAGAAUCACCUACUGUUGAAAAAUAUAAUCAUUUUUAAAGAAGAAAGCAAUAACAGUAGACUAACUUACAUUUACUCACAUCUGGGGCCAGAUGCAUCAAAUCCCCCAACUAAAACAGUGUGUACAGUACACACAAAGACAGAAAUAUGCAUAAGCAUGUAUAUGCACCUCUAAAACAUAAUUGCGUAUAUAUCUUAGUAAUUUGUAGCUCUCAUAUUGAACCAGACUUUACAAAGAGCUUCACAAAUCACGAUAAAAUCAAAAGAUCAUCGAUGAUAGCUCAAAUGUAAAAAAAAGAAAGAAUGAUAACAAUGCAUUACUCAUAAAUAGUUUAAAAUUAAGUUUAUGAAUGCACUUUUGAUUGGAAUUUUACAGAGCACUGUGUAGACCACAAUAUAAUAACAAUCAUUUAAAUGAUGUGUGGCAAAAGGUGUACGCAUGUUUUUGGUGCGUACACAUCGUUUAUACAUCUGGCCCCAGGUGUUUGCUUAAGGAGGAUUAAUAACAUCUCCUGCAGAUCAAUACUUAUGUACAGUGCAUAUAAUAAUUGCUAACAAUAAAAGCUAACCAUGUAUAUGAUUGAUGCUGCUCACAUAAAUAAUGUUUCAUAUUUUAACAGUUCAUCAAUACAAUGAUGUGAAUUAAAUAUAUACAGUUCUAACAGUAUUGUGCUACAAAGUAAUGUUCAGUGUCAGCCAGUCUGUUGGUUCAGGGUGCAAUAUCCCAAUAUAUUUUAAUUCCCAUUAAAUUUGGUACAAAACAUU